AUGUCCACCCCACCCACCCACCAACUUCCGUUUGACUACAUCCACCUCCUCGACGCACACAUCGCCUCCCUCCCAGCAAACUCUCACCGCAUUCCACAGCAAAAAGCCCUUCGCACCCUUCAAUCCGCAAGAUUCUAUUCUCCUUCACAACACAUUGCUUCUCCACAACUUUUCUCCGUCAUCUCCUCGCCCUCUACUCUCACCAUUGGCUCUCCAUACAUUAUCACCAUGAAGCUUCGACACGUCGAGAACCCCUCUGGAAAUCCAAAUUCUUUGCCUGUGGUCUUUGACAUGAGGGAGUUUGGUCUAACGCUAAGAGAGAGAGAGACCAGUAAAAUGUACAACUGGAUCAUACUGAGACAACGGAGUCCAGGCUCUAUCGAAGAUGGAAGACAAAUAGAGGGAGAGGAAAUUGAUUUAUCACCCUCAAACCCAACACCCACAGAAUUUGGUUUCCCAAUCUUCGCAACAGAUUCUAAUUUUGAACUCAACGAACUGCAACUCAGCGUGAUAGAAAAAGAAGAGGAAGAGUUCAUAUCACUGGCGGUUGGUGAGAGUAGAGCGUUCAAAGUAAAGUGGGCGUUGACUGAGGAGCAAGAGGAGAAGAUGGAGGUGGGCGAGAAAUAUAAGUUAUGUUAUAGAGGGGGAUGGAAUUUCUGGUGGGAUUUUGGGACGGUGGAAGAGAUGGAGGAACAAGAGGGCAGGAGAAAUACGUCGAGGAAUCAGAAAGGUGGCGCGCAGCGUUUGUGGAUUCCCUGUACAAACUUGGUAGAGUUUGAAGUAAUCGAGGAGGAAGAGGUUAAAGUUCAAGACAAAGAUGAGUAG